CCCAUCAGAGGAAGAGCUCUUAAUUCUGGCUACUUGCGUAGCCCUGGGUUUCCCUUGUUGUCGGGGGGAGGACUGGAGCUACAGCACACGAAGUUUCACAGCUAAAUAGGUUUACGAUUUCUUGAUUUGAGGCCUUCUUACCAAAAUUCAUAAGCUCAACAUGGCACGGCGGGAGCUUUCCAGCACUUUAAAGAACUUGAAGUUUAUGCAAAGGGCGGCUCCUAGAGAGGAGAAAAUUAAGAAAGAGGAAGAGGUCAAGCCUGAUGAAAACUUUAUAUUUCCUGGAGCUGUUAAAAGAAAAUGUCUGGUUAUAAUGGAGGGGGAUCCCCAUCCAGGAGCAGUUGUAGGCCGAAUGUCAUUUCAAAGUUUCAAUCCUUCUAUUGAUAAACUGAAUGAAGCUGCAAACAUUCUUCAGCAACCAGAAGCAUCUGCUUCAUGUUCUGGCAAUCAAUCUGUUAAAAAUUCAGAAAGAGAAAAUGGGUCUUCACAAGAUGGAGCGGAGUGUUCGAAAGUUAGACUGCCUGGUGAGGGAAAUAUGAACCCUAAAAGAAAACAGUCUGAAGUAGAGUCUGAAAAGCAAUAUUCAAAUAAAUCACCAAAAUCUGUUGAAGCUGGGAUUCAAUCAUCACCAAGUAACCAUAAAAGCUCGUACAAGCAACCAAAAGUUGAUUGGAGUGUUCUUAGACCGCCAAAGUUCCCAGGGAAAAAAAGUGAGCAUAAUCAGUAGGUUUUACUGGCAUUUUUUAUUUAAUUUCCUUUUAUUUAUUUCAGGUCUUAGUAUUUGAAACUGUAAGCUUUUUGUGAUCUUAGAAUUUCCCUUUUUGUUCAUUUGGCAUUUGAUUUUAUUUGACCCCUUGCAUACUCUUAUUUCCCAUAUGUACUGAAAAAAAACCCAAAUAAAAAAAAAAAAUCUUGUUCUGCUUGA